AUGGCACCCCGCACAAACAACCGUCGCCGCGUGACCGGAUCCAGCGGAAGGAGGAGGGAAGGAGGAGAGAGUGAGCCGCAGAGGCCCAACAUGUCCCGGCGUGUGUUUGCUUCCGCGGUGCUGCUCCUAUUUGUCGUGAUGAUGUGCUCCAGUGGUGGGGCUUCGAACGCCGUGACGAGUAAUUCGGGGAAUGUGCAAUUGCCUCAUACGGUCGAUCUAUUUUUGCCGAAUCAGACGCUGGUUGUACCGGAAGAUGGAACUUCUCAAGGUACGCCGAGGGAUUCGUUUGCCUCACCCUCUCUCGUCAGUGCUGGUGGAGUAAUUGCUGUUUUUGCCGAGGGUCGCAUGGAAACCAAAUAUCAAGGUGAUCAAUCAAGUAAGCCGUCUUCUGAUGUUGUUGCGGAGUACAUCGACUCUGCGUGGAAUUGGUUCACUCAUGUUGGUGAGGUCGAUAAAGGAACAUGGCGGGCACACACCGUGCUUGGUAAAGCGGAGGGAAAGGGGGGUUUGGAUGUUGUGCUCCGCCCCACGACCACCAUGAAGGGCAAUAAGGUGUUUCUUCUUGCGGGAGGCUUUGGUGAGCUCAAGGAAAGUGGUAGGAACUGGAAAUGGGGCAAAUUUGAGCUGAAACUGGUUGUGGGUGAUGUCACGAAUCCCACGGGUGGCAAGCUGAGUGAACGUAUCAAAUGGGGCCCAAUCAGGUCUCCAUUGAACGAGAGUACUAUAGCUGCUCACAAAGUUAACUUGACGGAGUUUGUUGCUUCUGGUGGCUCAGGUGUUCUGAUGGAGGAAGGCACCAUUGUGUUUCCACUGAUGGCGAAGAGCGGAAAUGAAACAGAAGACGUUUACUCCAUGAUCAUUUACUCGACGGACGACGGCGAAAAAUGGUCGCUCUCAACGGGCAUGUCCCCUGCGAAAUGCUUUAACCCCCGCAUCACCGAAUGGAAGGGAUCACUUCUCAUGAUUGUUGACUGCGAGAAUGGCCAGAGUGUGUUCGAGUCGCGUGACAUGGGGAAAACGUGGACGGAGGCAGUCGGGACACUCUCAGGCGUGUGGGUCAAGUCACGAUCAGGAUUCCGUUGGGACGAAGGCUUGCGCGUGGAUGCCCUCAUCACCGCGACCAUUGAGGGAAUGAAGGUCAUGCUGUACACUCAGAGAGGGUACGCCUCGGGGGAGAAAGAGGCCAAUGCGCUCUGCCUUUGGGUCACGGACAACAACCGCACUUUUCACAUCGGACCGCUUUUUGGGGAGGAUAAUGUGAAUGAGACGUUUUCCAGCAACCUGCUGUACUCGGAUGGUGCGUUGCACCUUUUAAAGGAGAGGGCCAAUGAAAAAGGCAGUGCCAUUUCACUUGCCCGCCUGACUGAUGAGCUGAAGACGAUCAAUUCCGUCCUCAGUACUUGGGCACAGCUGGACGCCUUCUUUUCCAAGUCGUCCACACCCACGGCUGGUCUGGUUGGAUUCCUGUCCAAUACGUCGUCUGGUGGCGACACGUGGAUCGACGAGUACCGCUGCGUGAAUGCAUCCGUGACGAAGGCAGCGAAGGUCAAAAAUGGGUUCAAAUUCAAGGGGCCUGGAUCCAUGGCAAAAUGGCCCGUGAACAGCCGGGAGGAUAACAGACAGUACGGCUUUGUGAACCACAGAUUCACUCUUGUGGCGACGGUGGCCAUCCACCAGGUUGCGAAGGGGAGCACUUCUCUGCUGGGUGCGGGUCUGGAUGCACCCGUCAGCACGAACUUCAUUGGGCUGUCGUACAGCGUGAAUAAAACGUGGGAGACGGUGUUUGAUGGGAAGAAAACGACAUCGAACACCACUUGGGAGCUGGGGAAAGAACACCAGGUGGCGCUCAUGCUGCAGGACGGCAACAAGGGCUCCGUGUACGUGAAUGGUAAGAUUGUGGGGAGCCCAGAGACUAUAACAACACUUGGGGCGCUGGGACAUGAAAUCACACAAUUCUAUUUUGGUGGAGGCGAGGGAGACAUCAACAGCAAUUUGACAGUGAAGAACGUCUUUCUGUACAACCGCCCACUGAGUGUCGGUGAACUAAAAAUGGUCAGGAAGAGCGACGAUAAAAAAGGAAACGGUGGCGGCAAAAAAGGAAACGGUGACGGCUCCAUGCGUGGGGGCGUGUCGCGGUUGCUGCUGCUGCUGGGGCUGGGUUUUUGCGCCUUUGUGGCCCUUUACUGA